GCGCGUGGCUUUUCAAAACAAUCCUGCCUGCCCUGCGCGCUGCGCUCGGUGGUCUCAGUCCGGCCGAGCUGCGGAACGUGUGCGCGCACCUUACAACGCGUAUACCGUCUCGCGUGUGUUUUGUUUUGAACGGGCGCCCCCCAAACAAGUAACACAUCGCUGCAACCACACAUCUCCGACAUCAACAACAAACACCAGUGCCAACUACAUUACAUCAACGCGAGGAUAAUCGAAAUCAGGAUGGACACGGCGACGCUGCGUGAGCAGGUGAUGAUCAACCAGUUCGUUGUGGCGGCAGGGUGCGCACGCGAGCAAGCCAAGCAACUGCUCCAGGCCGCCCACUGGCAGUUUGAGACUGCACUCAGUAUAUUCUUCCAAGAGGCUACCAUUGGUCAACCGUCAGCACAUUUCGGACAGCAAGUGAUGACACCGUGCAACACACCGGCUACCCCGCCGAAUUUCCCCGAUACGCUUCUCGCGUUUUCAAAGAUGUCCGCCGGUAAUGGCAACAGUCCGGCGACGGCAUCACAGGCCCAUCACCCGCCUCCGCAGCAGUCCACGACGCAGCGAUAAGCAGCCACAAAUCUGUGGCGUGCGGUGUAAAAUAAGUUAACGUGAGAAUGCGCUCAAGAUUGAAUGGAUUUGCGAGAAAGAGAAAUAACCUGCUAACAUAAAAACCUAUAAAAGACACAGAAACCGAACGAAUGGGGCAGUGAACGCGUGAUUCUGUAAAUUAUAGAUUCGUAUUGAUAUUGAAAUUUGACAAAUUGUGACGAGAGGAGGCGAAAUUUUGUUUUAGUUGUGGGUUUGAUUGUUUGAGUUUUGAUGACGCAAGAUGUCGCUGCAAACUACUAUUAGAUUUACGUAGGGAGUUUAUUUGUACAUAUUAUACAUACACUUAUCUAAGGAUGUCGAAAGCGGGCGAGUGAUGUGCAGUGAUACGUAAGGCGCUUUUGUUUCAUUUAGUUAUUUUUUCGUGUGUUUAUUUUAGUUGCUAUGGUAAUUGAUAUGGUGCUGAUGCUGAUAACUUGUUUGGAUUUUCGUUCGAUUUGUUUCUCACCGAUUCCAAAACCAAUAAUAGUAGAUUUAAGUGAACGCCGCUGAAUGCAAAUUGUAAAUACCUAGGCAUUUCAUUCACUACACACACACAUAAUACACUUGAAACUCAAUUAAAUGUAAUUCAUGUAUUUUAAAACAAUGAGAAAACAAGGAGUGCAAAUGGACGAAACUCAAUCCCAACACUAAUUGUAAUAUUUACAAGUUUAUGUGAUCGAUUUUAAAUGUUGUUGAACAUAUACAUGCAAAGGGGUUGGCGGACGAAAGUGUAAAGAAAGAAUAUUCAAAGUUGGCGAUGUGGCGCGGAGCGAGGAUGACAAAGGAAGAUAAUACGUUUGCGUCAUUUCUAUGUAUUCGAACAGGGUUCUUUAAGUGUACCUCUAUGACUAUAAACGUGCAAACUCAUCAUCCACUUGGAGGAGACGCAGCAAGAAAAUAAAUGCAAAUUUGUGCAAUAA